AUGGAAUCGAAACUUAAUGAAUUUGAAAUUUUGAAUAAAUUAGGUGAGGGUAGUUUUGGAUAAGUAUAUAAAGUAAGACGUAAAGCUGAUAAGUAAACUUAUGUAAUGAAAUAAAUCAACAUAUCAAAAAUGAAUGAUAGAAUGAAAAAUGAAGCUUUAAAUGAAGCAAGUAUCUUAGCUAAAUUAGACAGUUCAUAUAUUGUCAAAUAUUAUGAAUCUUUUAUAGAUAAGUAAUUGUUAUGUAUAGUAAUGGAAUUUUGUGAAGGAGGAGAUUUACAUAAACUAUUAAAAAUGCAAAUGGGAAGACCGUUGCCAGAAAAUUAAGUAUGGAGAUUUUUCAUCCAAAUAACAUUAGGAUUGGCAUUCCUUCAUAAAAAUAAAGUUCUACAUAGAGAUAUUAAGUCAAUGAAUAUAUUUCUUUCCAAAGAUUAAGUUCGUAUUGGAGACCUUGGAGUAGCUAAACUGUUAAAUGACCAAAACAACUUUGCAAGAACUAUGGUAGGAACUCCUUAUUACUUAUCACCUGAAAUGUGUGAGGAGAAACCUUACAAUGAGAAAAGCGAUAUUUGGGCUUUAGGUUGUGUGAUAUAUGAACUAUGCACUUUUAAACAUCCAUUUGAAGCCAAUAGUCAAGGAGCACUUGUACUCAAAAUAAUAAGAGGGAGGUAUGAACCAAUAGGAUAAAUGUAUUCUUCAGCUUUAGCAUAAUUGAUUGAUUAAUGUUUGUAAAAAGAUUACAGGUAAAGACCUGAUGCAUUCUAAUUAUUACAAUAAUCAAGUAAUUAUAAAUAUCACAUUAGACAGGUCUGAUUUAAUAAGCAUAAAACUUGAGAAUGCAAUUAAAUUUAAAUUAACCUCAUCCUAAUUCAAAAUAGAUCUCAUAAAUUUAACCCAAUUAAACUCCUAUUAUUAGCAAACCUAAAGAAAUUCAACAACCCUUAGCUACACCUGUUCCUGUAUCUAUUAAAAGUACUCCUUAAGGAAAACCAUUGAAAGCUAAAGUUUAAUCAUCCUAAAAUUUGUAAUUAGAAGUAAAAGGUAAACAGGAACCUGUUAGAGAUACUCCAAUAGUUUAAAAGAAAAUAGUAUAAGUUCCACCUCCAUCUGCUCCUAAUCAAGUUCAAAAUUAAAAAAUGGAUGAUUUUUAUAAGGAUUGGAGAGAUAAGGUUUCUGAAUUGCAAAAAUAAAAAUAAGAUGAUCGAAUAAUAGUUUCUCGACCUGAAUUAUUAAAUGCUGAAUUUCAACCUAUUAAAAUUCCUAUAAUUUCAUCUUAAUCAAAUAAUAAUCAACCUAAUUAGUAAUAAAACAUUUUCUCAAAUUAGCAAGUAUAACCUACAAAGAAACCAGUUUUUUAAGUAAAAGCAAAGGUUUCAAAUCCUAAUAUAGAAGAAAAUGAUAAAAAGAGAAUUAGAAAAGGAGCCCCAAAAGAACCUGCAAGGUAAGUUAAAGAACCUUUAAGAAAGGCUGAUAAGAUUGAUUUAAUAAAAGAAACACCUAAAUAAACUAAUAAUAAAAGCACAAAAUAAUAAACGUGCUCAUAAGAAGAAGUUGAUAUGGUAUUGAAUUUACCUGAUUUUGUUGCUAAAGAAGAAAGUAACAUGAAAGUGAUUUAACCAGAAAGAGAAAUCAUAGAUAUAACUUCAUUUGCUGAUGAGAUUCCUACAACUAUUGUUGAAUAUCAAAGUGAUAUGGAAUCGAAUCAUUAUGUUUAAGUACAAUUUAAAUCUGAUUCAAAUUCAGUUGAUAAAUAGGAUAAUGAAAAUAAUAAUAAAUAUUAAUAAGAUUCAGAUAAAGGAGUAAUUAUGAUUAUUUAAAUUUAUAGGCAUAUACAGACCCUGAGGAUUGUGAUAAUGAAAAUGAUGAAGAAGGAAGAGAUGAUACUGCAGAUUAUGGAGAUGAAUUGCCAAUUUAAAAUAAAAAUAUCCAUACAAUAUAAGAAGAAGCUUUUGAAGAUACAAGUUAAUGCCAUCAAUUUAUUGAAUUAUGUAUAGAUAAUAAGAAAAUGGAUCUGAAUAAGUAAUUAUUGGAAGCAGAAUAAAGAAAAAUGGAGUUAGAGUAAUUCUUAUAAAUCAAACGAAAAGAAUGCAUUUAAGAUUUAGGAUAAAGAUUAUUUGAAGAAGUUAUCAAUUUCUUAAGGACAAAAUUAAAUGUAAAUUAAAAAUAAUAAGUUAUUAGUCUUAAGAAGAAUUGAAUGAUAAAGAUUAAGAAGAAAUAGAUGAUUUAAUUCAAAAUAAAUUACUUAAUACAAAGAAUCCUUAAAUUAUUUAUGUAAUCUACAAAAUUCUACAUUUUGAAAUAGAAAUUACAAAGAGUAUUGAUAAAAUUAAGGAUUUAUCUGAAUAAUUAAUUAAAUUAUGA